CCCACCCGAGCCUGAAAGUCCCUGCUGCUGGCUGAUUCUAUGCCUCGCUUCCUUGAGCGGCAACCGCCUCGACUGCACUUUGUAGCUUCACACGUGUCUUUCUCUGUCCUUCUGUCCAUUUUGUGUCUGUACUUAUUUUUCGACCGCUCUACUGCUCUUUCAGACAACCACGUCGCCAAGAAGAACUCCAGGCAAGUGCUGGCGGCCCUCAGUGGUUUCGGCAUGGCGCAAGAGGUGACGAGCCUCAGAAAAUAUGGCAAAGGCGCGAAGAAGAGCAGUGCUGAUGUCAGCCUGCUCGAUAUGCUCGAGAGCAAGACGCCAUAUACCUACGCGCACCCAUUGCCCGGCGCAGCGCUCAUCUCGCCAUUCACAACUGUGGCGUAAGGCAGAGAGUCAGUCGACCACCCUUGUUGAUUUGCCGGCGGUUCUCUCUUUGGCUUCAGGUUCAGGACAGAUGAGCCAAUCGACGGCAGCACCGCCUUUGGGAAAAUAAGCCUCAAGGGCGCCAAGUCAGGCGACCACUCCAAAGGAGAGACGGUGCUGCUCUCUGGGCGCACAGUUCACUUUCGGCCGGCCCACCCGUUGGCACCUGGGGAGCAGGUGCAUGUCAACGUUGCCGAGGGCAUCAAGACAGGCAGCGGCAAGUCACUGCCGGCAGUCGAAUGGUCGUUCCACGUGUCUUGGAGGAAGCUGGAUACCUAUCACCGUGUGUUCCUGCCGCUGUCCGUCAAUGGGAGCCACUCGAGCACGCACUCGUCACGGGCGAACCUGCAUUUGCUUAAGAAGAUCCGUAGCGACCAUUUCCUACUGGGGCUCGGGGCGAAGAAGCACGCGAGGGAGCGACAGAGCACCCGCAUGGUAAGACCACUGUGAGCAUGGGACGAAGCUUGUCAUGUUUCUCUCCUCCACUGUGUUUGCCGUCGCUUUUGACCGUCCAGUCGAUUGGAGAUGAGGGUGGGCAGGAGAUCGAAGAGACUAUCGUGCCGAACCCCGCCUAUCGCACACUGCCCCCCAAGUAUCCUCGAGCGGUCAUGAGGAAGCUGGGUGACCUCUCGAAGCUAUCGCCAGGGUACCUCUUCACAGCCGAAAUCGAUCAGGACCCAGACGAGAAAACGGUGCGUCUCGCUCGUGUAGCAUCAGGGAUGGAUAUGCAUACACACAUACGUGAUGGGAGUGUGUGGGUGAGCAGAUGAAGGUGAUCAUGACUGAUCGCGGAGACCCCGUCUUCUACGAGCUCGGCACUCUUCCAACAUUCGCGCCGACACACGUACGGGGGACAUCUGCACUGGCCUAUUGGACCUGUAUAUUGGGGUCCAUGACUGCGUGUCACAUGUUCGCAGAACAAGCAGCUGGUCAUCCGCCAAAGCGACAACGCUGUAAGGACACUCGAGUCACGUUUACACUCGAGUCACGUUUGUCUAAAGUUCGCGCCAUCCGUCAAUUUGUGUAUUCAAUGCAGAUUGUGGUUGCGGGGAACGACUACAGAAAGAAAGCCAGGUUCCAAGCGCAGCACGGCCACAUCAUCAAUCACCACGGUACGAGCCCGACCUGAUGAGCAUACAUCCUCCAUCUACCAACCAUACUUCUCUUCGAAUGGCUUCGCUUGCGCCCACGACGAACCCGAUAGAAUUCCAGAUGCUGAGCAAUGGCAACAGUCUCAUCCUCAUGUAAGUGUUCUAUGCACCUAUCUAUGUGCGUGGGGCCACGGAAAGGAGAAAGGGGCUCACACGACUGACGCGCAUACGUACACCCUGUGUUGGUGCAGCUACGACCCCCAACUGGUGGAUGCAAAGAAGAUCCGCCCAGGUACGCAAUGAGGAUGUACACACGAGCGGCAUGUCAUGUCAGUCCACCAAGACAUCUGUCUGUCCCAUGCAGGGGUGUCGGGCGCGACGAGGGAUACCUGGGCAGUCGGACUGAUCAUCCAGGUACGUGAACUCACCAAACAAUCACCCCUGUAGCCUUGACUUAUGUGUGUUAUCACCCAGGAAGUGACGCCUAAAGGUACUGACGGGUGUGCGCCUACACGUAUACCCGGAGACGUCCGUGUACGCGAUUCUCAUUAGGCCACGUCGUGUUUGACUGGCGCUCGUGGGACUUCCUUCCUCGCGUGUGGUGGGAGACCAACAUGGUGGUCGAAAACCGAGUUUGGGACCUGACACAUGGUAUGUAUUCCACACUGCGUGAGUGCUGGGGAGCACACAAACAAAGCUGGUGUGCACCUAGGCAACUCACUCGAGGAAGCGCCGGAUGGCAACAUCAUCGUGUCCAUGAGAGCACUCUGGCAAGUGACCAAGAUCAAUCGGUGACGAUAUAUACCCGUCGAUUUGUGCACACACGUAUACGCCCUGCGCACGUCUCUCCCGCAGAAACAGUGGACGAAUCAUGUGGAGGCUGGGAGGCGUCUCUGGCAAUCUCAAGGUGGCGAAAGGUACGCAUGAGCGAGCUGGCUCCCUUCAGUGGCAGGAUUUCCCGCCUAUAUUCCUGCAGAUCCCAACGGCCUCUUCAGUGGGCAACACGACGCGCGCCUGCACGAUGGCCUGCUCACCGUUUUUGACAACAGCGUCAAGACGGGCAGCCGCACUGCACGAGCCGUCGACUACAAGUUGGACGGCAGCAAGGCGACCAUGGUGUCCCUCUAUGACACGGGCAUCGCUGCCUUCGCCAAAGGCAACUAUCGCCGAAUGCCCAACGGUGUGCUCCGUCACUCACAGACGUACCUAUGUUUCCUGUUUGCUGUAUGUUUGCGUGUGGGCACCUGAUUAGGCAACCGUGUGAUCUGCCUGGGCCUCAAGCUGCCGCCGGGCGUCAAGGGCGAGAGGAGGAAUCCUUGGUACCUGGAGGUGCGUAUCCGAGCUCAAAACAACGCAUACGCGUGUGCGUUUGCAUUGGUGGAUCAAUGGAUGAAUGUCUGUGCAGACCGACGACAAAGGCAGGCCGUUGGUCCAGAUGCAGUGGCGAAGGGAGACGCACUCGUAUCGUGUCGUCAAAGGGCCGUGGCAGGGCUUCCCCAGGUGGCAGCCAAAGGCCAUAAUCGACAACAAGUGAGAACGCACACGAGCCCUCACCGGCUCUCCACGACCCAUUCGAUGCCUGUUUGUGCGUUGCUGACGUUUCUACAGCAAUUCCGCUGGACAAAUGCGGUUGCACUUCUCGUGGAACGGCGCGACUGAGGUGGACAGGUAGGUAGCAUUGCCUACAUAUGACUGUGCACGCGGCGCGGAUGUGUGCCCUUGUGACGCAAUCGAUCGAUGCACUCCAUGCAUGCAGGUGGCGUGUGUACCGAGGAGAGGAGAAGAUAGCUGACCUCAAGAGGACACAAUUCGAGCACUGGGUCGACAUUCCUGAAGCAAGAAACAGCUGCCAGAAGUACCAGGUCGGUCCACUCAUCAGACAUUCACACACAAGUGUUCGGGGAACACACGAAUGAGUAAAUUGCCGAAUGAAUGCGGGUGCGUCAAGGCCGUCGCUGUUGGUCGAGACGGCAGGGAACUGAACCGCUCGAAAGUGGCCAAGUCAAAGCCAUGCAGGUAGAGCGACGGGAACGACGGAAUAUGUACAUAGCAGACACCCUGUGUAUGUGUAUGUGUAUGUGCAGUGACGAAAAGACAAAGGUGAAGAAGGGCGGCGGUGUCAAGCGAAUAAAGUCGUCCUCACCCGCUUGUGACGUCAUCUGGCGCAAGAGGGAGAACUGUGCCGCCGACCGGCUAACAAUAUCUCAGAACGAAUGUGAAGGUGCGCUAGGACGUCAACCAAUAUGUUUUGUGUGUAUUCUGUGUCUUUCGUCAGCCCGAGGGUGUUGUUACAAGGGAGGUAAAGGUCAGACUGUGGAGGGCUUAGUGCGGUGCUUCAAGUCCAGUAAUAUCUAGGACAAAGACUGCAUGAGCGCGUAGCACACAUCCAGCCCCCUUUUGGCUGGCAAGCACAUAUCCCGAUCUUUUCCCACAUCAAACGAGAGACGCUCAUUGUCUAUAUCGUGGCAGAGUCUUCACAGCGACUCGCGAAUCUUUUGGCAAGAGCCAUACAAACACUGUUGCGCGCCGUCCGAUCCCGCCAUCAUCUGCGCGUCAAUGACUUGGUGGUUCAGCG